UCUGUUAGAAUUAGAUUACCUUCUUUUGUGAUAACUUAUGCCCAAAAUCGGAGCAGUCGUGGUUGGUGUAAGCGCGGCUCCUUUGAUUGAUACUGAAUUUUUACAUGUUUAUUUUGUUUUUAGUUGUGCCUCGUUACUUAAUUUCGUAUAAUUUUGUGAAUUUUUGGUGUUUCGUGUACAUUCGACGAUUUGAAUUGUUUCCUAUGAACUUUGUGAAAUUAGUUUUGUAUCUGAAUUUCGGAAUUUUAGUCGAAUUUCAACAAUAUGAAGCGGUUCGUACGAAUGUUGGAAGAAUUGGUUUGGAUAACCCAAAAACAGAAGGAAGAAGACCUGUAAUUAACUUGUGAUGCUGUUCACAAUUAUUUUUAAAAGUUCCGAGUGAUCUCUUUCAUUUCUUUUAAAGUGGGUUAUGAGGUUACGAGUAGUUUAUAUGCCUAAAACCUCCAUGUUCAUGUAUAAUCUUGUAAGAGGGAUCAAGUUAUACUAACUCAAAGCCUCUAGAUCUUUCAUCAAUCUUCAGUUUGUUUCUUUUGCCUAUCAUGCCAGUUGCUGUUAAGGAUCAACAGGAUACGUACAAUCACAGAACAUACUUUCCCAGUGAGGAACAUGCUGGAAAAUCAACUCUCAAAGCUGAUAAGCAAGUUACUCCACCCAAACCCACAUGCCUUAAAGAGGAAAAACCAAUAAUUUGUACCAAAAAUUCACAAACUAUUGAAAGUCUUCUUCCUGAUGAAGAAGAUCUCUUCUCUGGGGUUCUUGAUGAAUUGGGUUGUACUACUGCUACUGUCAAUGGUGAUGAUGAAGAUUUUGAUCUGUUCAGCAGUAGUGGAGGCAUGGAAUUGGAAGAAAAUUCUAAAUUAUAUUUCACUCAACAGAAUCCUGCAAUUGCUAAAGGACUUAAUAACACCGAUCAAAUUCAAAUCACUACUUCAGACUUUUCAAUUUCCUCCGAACACCCUACUUUCCAUCAUCAAUCACUACCCAUCAGCCAUGAAGGUUUCUAUAAUAUGUUGAAUCCAUACAUCCCACAAAUGGAACACAUGCUUAGGGGUUCACCUUACAACACCUUCCAAAAUCAUCAUCAUCAUCUAAACCCUGUAAUCUGGUCACAUUCUCCUCCAUAUGUUCAUAAUCAAAACAUCUGUGCUCAUAGCUUCCCCAAUCUUCAUGGGUUAUCUGAAAUGCUGCCACCUGUCUUCUCAUUUUCACCUAUACAUAAACAACAAGCGAUCGGAAUCGGAAUCGGAUCACCACCAUCUUAUAUGGAGGAGUCUUGUAAACCAGAUGUUGUUAUUCCAGUAGCAUCUCCUAAUUCCAUGAUGUCAUCUCCACAUAUUAUUAAAACACAUAAAUCUCCCAAAAGGGAAACAGAAAGUACAUUGCCAUUAUCUUUUAUAAGGCCAAGGGGAAGAACAAGAAGAACCUCACAUGGUAGACAUGAAACUGUUUCUUGUCACACUCACACAGAUGACAAAAAAUAUGAACUUGAUAUUCAACGUGUCUUGCGUGGUGAAGACACUAGAACAACAUUGAUGAUCAAAAAUAUUCCAAAUAAGUAUAGUUCAGCAAUGUUGUUGGCUGCAAUUGAUGAACAUAAUCAAGGAACUUAUGAUUUCAUUUAUCUGCCUCUUGACUUCAAGAAUAGGUGCAAUAUGGGGUAUGCAUUUAUAAACAUGAUUGAUCCACUUCAGAUAGUGCAGUUUCACAAGUCAUUUCAUGGGAAAAAAUGGGAGAAAUUCCACAGUGGAAAAGUGGCAUGUCUUGCAUAUGGUCGAAUUCAAGGAAAAGCUGCCCUAAUUGCACACUUUCAGGAAUCAAGCUUGAUGAAUGAAGAUAAAUGUUGUCACCCUAUUCUCUUUACCACAAAUGGCCCAAAUGCUGGCAAUCAGGAGCCAUUUCCCUUGGGUCCAAACAUGAAUUCAAGGCGACACAAGAACAGGUGUAAUGUGCGCCAAAUGAAUGAAAACCUAGAAAUUUCAUCAACUUCGUAUGCGUGUCAAAUAAAGAACUCCAUAUAAAAAAGGGGAGAGUGUUUGGAUAAAAUAUAAAUAUCUGUAGUUGUUUGAGUAGUCAGUCACUAUCUUGAUCCAUUUUUUGUUAUUUCAAAAAUGGAUCAAAUUCCACUCCGUUGUUGUACUUGUCGCAACUCUUGUGUUGAUCCAUUUUUGAUAAAAAUUUAAGGAAUUUUAUUACUUUGA